AUGAGCUCAUAUCCCCCAGGAGUUCGCGUCGCCCAGGUUGUCGGCUUGACUGGCUCUGCCUGGUUAGCUGGAAACAUCUCCGCUCUAAGUGUAAACGCCAUCCCCGCUCUCCUCAAAUCCCACCGCGAAGACGGCACGCCUCUAAACAUCAUCCUGCGCCAAUACCGCAACCUCUACGACAACGGCCACGCCCAGAACCCGCCCAUCGCGGUCCUCACGGCCUCUGCGUUCGGGUACCUCGCGUAUGCAGUGCAUAACGGCGUCUCGGUGUCUGCGUUGACGACGCGCGAGAGCGCCAUCUUGUAUGUGGCGUCGGCGGUGCUGACGAUUGGGAUUGUGCCGUGGACGGUGGUCGCUAUGACGGGCACGAAUAGGGAGUUGUUGGAGAUGGCGGAUGCUGGGGUUGUGGUUGAGAAGGAGGAUGAGAAGAAAAAGGUCCUGGGGGGUUUGGAGAGAUGGGUUGUGUUGAAUGGGGUGAGGAGCCUGUUUCCGCUUGUUGGGGGUAUUGUGGGCGUUGUUGCGGGUAUGGGAUGGCCGGUUCUUGCGUAG